AUGUUCUGUCUCUUUAUCUAUCUCUUCCUGUCAUUCCUUUUCAUGGCAGCUUCCCCAGCAAACCAAGAUGUGCCGCUUCAGGUGAAUGGGCUUCAAAAGCAGUCAGUCUGUUUAAAAAUCUAUCUAGAUCUGACUGUUCCUGUGUUGGAGGUUUUGUGGCUGUUUAAAACCAAAGAAAAAAACGUCAGACUGGCGUAUUUUCGGAAGCCGCACUUUGAGAUCAGGAUUCUUCAGUUCCACAACCGACUGGAACCAUUAGACAGCGGAACAACACUACGAAUCAGUGACCUGAGGAUGGAAGACAGUGGGAUAUACACAGCAGCCAUUACUUAUACUGACGAAGAAACAAAGAGACUCACAUUUAAUCUCACUGUGUAUGAGCCAGUUCCCACCCCAGAUAUAAAGAUGGAGAUGGAGCAGAUUAGCCCUGACUGGUGCAAUUUCACCCUUCAUUGUUCUGCCCCAACAAACCCAUCAGCGCUGUCCUACAGUUGGAUGUACAGACACAAAGGCCGGUACCAGCCCUAUCCCAAUGGUACCACAAUCCGUGUGUCACUGCAGCCUGAAUCCUGGGAUGGGGAGUAUCUGUGCUUGGUACAGAACCCGGCUGAUCAGAACAAUGCCUCUAUUGCCCCUCGGGAAUUCUGCCCUCAUACCAGCCUCACAAAAGGCAUAAAUGGUGGGUACAAUUCAAGAGCAAUGCUGGUUUCAUAUCUAUGA